AUGCGCUGCGGCAAAGUUCAGCCACUUAAUUCAAAAAGCACAUAUUUUGAGGCCCUAGGAUAUUAUGAACCUACUCCAGAUAUUGAUUUAGCUGACCUCUCUUCACGAAUGAAGAAUAUUUUACGCUCCCUGCACCCUGACAAGUUUAUUGGCAUGCCUGAAGCAGAUCAAAAGAUGGCUCUAGAUUCAUCUAGUUUUGUAAAUCAAGCAUAUAUGGUCCUCUCAGACCCUAUUGAACGCUCUUCAUACUUACUCAAGCUAAGCGGGUGUGACAUGUCCAAUCAAGAUAAAUCCGGAGAGGAAACUCUGGAAUUUUUAUCUGAGAUGAUGACUCUUAAUGAAAACAUUGAGAAAACUAUUGAAACUCUAAAUAGUUUGGAUCUUUCAGAUGCUUCGCUCAAGGCUAAAUUUGAGGCAAAUUUGACCUAUCUCUACCGUGAUAUUUCUUAUCGUUUUGCUUCUGAAUGCAAAUUAUUGAAUACAUCUUUAAGGCAUCGUGAAUGGGCUAAUGCAAAGUUAGCUCUUUCUAGGGCUAAAUACUUUGGCAAAUUGCUAGAUCUUUUACAUGAAGUACGGCCACUUGUCCGACUAAAGAAUUUGAACGUUGAUAUGUACUAG